AUGAAAAGAAUGUUUCUUGCUUUGUUCUUACUGCUAAACUUGUUUUCCCUUUCCUUCUCUCGGAAACUUUUGUCUGAAAAUGCUUCCCACGACCGAACUGUUCUUCUCGAGUUGAAGAGAAGCUUCUCCGAUCCACACGGUGUCCUCUCUACCUGGGAUCCGGACAGCUCCAACCACUGUUCUUGGUUUGGUGUCUCUUGCAACUCCGAUUCAAGAGUCGUCUCUUUAAUCCUCAAAGCCUGCAGCGAUGAAGGUAGUAGUAGUAUUAGUACUCUUCCUUUGCCAGACUCAUCUUCUUGCUUGAGUACUAAACUCGGUGGUGAGAUCUCUCCCGUUGUGGGAAAACUCUCUGAAAUUAGGGUUUUAUCUCUAGCUUUUAACGAUUUGGGAGGUUAUAUACCAAAGGAGAUUUGGGGGUUGAAGAGAUUAGAGCUGCUUGACCUACAAGGAAACAGAUUUACUGGAAUUAGGGUUUUUAAUAGCAAUGCUGGAAUCAAACUUAGGAAACUCAUGAGUGUUAACAGCGAAGGAGGAGAAGAAGGAGAAGAGGAAGCAAGUCCUGAGGAUGAUAAGAACAGUUUGUAUCCCAUUGAGAUCGCUUCCAUCGUGUCAGCUUCAGUCAUUGUCUUUGUCCUCCUCGUACUCGUCCUCUUGUUCUUCUACACGAAGAAAUGGAAACGUAACUCUCAAGUUCAAGUCGUUGAACCAAAAGAGAUCAAAGUGUUUGUGGAAAACAUUGGUACCCCUCUGACUUACGAGACCAUCGUUAGAGCCACUGGCUACUUCAGCAACUCUAACUGUAUCGGUCACGGUGGUUUCGGCUCUACUUACAAAGCUGAGGUCUCUCCAGAGCACGUCUUCGCUGUUAAAAGACUCUCUGUUGGUAGGUUCCAAGGUGACCAACAGUUCCACGCUGAGAUCUCUGCUCUUGAAACGGUUAGGCAUCCGAAUCUCGUUAUGUUGAUUGGUUACCACGCUAGCGAGACAGAGAUGUUCCUUAUCUACAACUACUUAUCAGGAGGGAACCUUGAAGAUUUCAUCAAAGAGAGAUCAAAGCCUGCUCUCGAGUGGAAGAUCCUUCACAAGAUUGCUCUCGAUGUAGCGCGUGCGCUCGCCUAUCUUCACGAGCAGUGCUCACCUAAAGUCCUCCACAGAGACAUCAAACCAAGCAACAUAUUGUUAGACAACAACUACAACGCUUAUCUAUCUGACUUUGGUUUGUCUAAACUCUUGGGGACUUCUCAGUCUCAUGUCACAACAGGUGUGGCUGGAACAUUCGGGUAUGUUGCUCCGGAAUACGCGAUGACUUGUCGUGUCUCGGAGAAGGCAGAUGUUUACAGUUAUGGUAUUGUCAUCUUGGAGCUGAUAUCUGAUAAGAGGGCUUUGGAUCCUUCUUUCUCAUCUCACGAGAAUGGGUUUAACAUUGUCUCGUGGGCGCAUAUGAUGUUGAGACAAGGUAAGGCUAAAGAUGUUUUCACUAAGGGACUAUGGGAGACUGGUCCUCAGGAUGAUUUGGUUGAGGUUCUGCAUUUAGCACUCAAAUGCACUGUUGAUAGCCUCUCGAUAAGGCCGACGAUGAAACAAGCUGUGAAACAGCUGAAGCGAAUCCAGCCUUCUAGAUUGUGA